UAUGCCGAUGCCUGCGAGGGACGGAACUGUAUUUAUCGCCAGAAGUUCGGGUAUCGGAACAGAAGUUACCAAGUUACAUUGCGAAGAUGAGGAUAUUGGAGAAAAUGCUGAUUUAACUUAUAUUUUAUUAUCAGGGGAAACGGACUUGUUCCGGUUGGACCCAAAGAACGGCCUAAUUACCGUAACUGGCGAUUUAAGGGAGGCGUCUUCGGAAUACGUAUUAGAUAUUAAAGUUACAGAUAAUGGGGAACCAAAAAACUUUACCAACGUACAUUUGAAGAUAAAGAUCAAUGAUACGCAAAUUGGUCAAGUAGAUUCGACGCCCUUCUUCUCAAAUAUAACGCUCAAAGUUGUAAUUGGAGUGACUUGCUUGGUUAUAUUGCUUGUCAUCCUUCUAGUCGUAGUCAUUCUCUUAAGACGGCGAAGACCGAAUGAUCCUAUUGAAAAAGAGACACCCAUCAAACCGGAAACGGAGCGGAUGCUUUUUGACAAGCCUUCUAACGGCUUGACUAACACGAAGCAGAUGAACUUUAGCGCCGAAUUGGUGCAUGAUCAUUGUAUGCAACCGAAUAGUACAGCAAUCGACGGUAGAGGUUGUUAUGGAGACGAGGUGAGUUUUUAA